GUCCUUUCCGCCGCACGAGGGUAGCUCUCGUGCCACUGUGGCCUCAGUCUGCUUCAGUUUUGACUCUUUAAACCGAUUUUUAAAAACUCACUUCAGGAUGGACAUCGAUAAAAGUACAGUUCCUGUCGCCGGCGCUGCCACGGAGAGUAAAGAUGACACAGAUUCUUUCACAAAGGUCAAAUCUAAAAAGACUCAGAAGCGAAAACGUGAACAAGCUGGAGCGGACAUGGACACAGAAGAGCCCGUGGCAGUCAAGCGGCCGCAGUUUCCACCGAUCUCAGGCGACAAACUAAGGGGACCAGAUGAAAUGCUCAAAAUCGCUGUCCCGGCUCACAGAUAUACCCCACUGAAGGACAACUGGAUGAAGAUUUUCACUCCCAUUGUCGAGAACCUACAGCUGCAAGUCAGAUUCAACCUCAAAACUAGAAACGUUGAAAUCAAAACAUGCAAAGACACACAGGACAUUGCCUCCCUCACAAAAGCAGCAGAUUUUGUUCGAGCCUUUGUUCUAGGAUUCCAGGUUGAAGAUGCCCUAGCUCUCAUCAGAUUAGAUGAGCUUUUCCUAGAAAGCUUUGAUGUCACAGACGUGAAACCUCUGAAGGGAGACCACUUGUCCAGAGCCAUCGGAAGAGUAGCAGGGAAGGGAGGGAAAACCAAAUUCACCAUUGAAAACGUCACAAAGACUCGCAUUGUGCUUGCAGACACAAAAGUUCACAUAUUAGGGUCUUUUCAGAAUAUCAAGAUGGCCCGGACAGCGAUUUGUAACUUAAUCUUGGGAAGUCCUCCUUCAAAGGUCUAUGGCAACAUCAGAGUGGUGGCUAGCAGGACUGCUGAAAGAUUCUGAAGUCUCAUUGGUUGCCGUGUGUUUAUCUCUUCCCCCAUUGGCUGAUGGAAUUCCCACUUUGAUCCGUGUUGUUAAGACUGUCGGCUGCCUCUGUCAUGGCUUCAUGUUUUCCAGCUGGUGUUUGAAUCAGUUGGCUCCACAUGAGGAAAAAGUUCUGGUACAUGCAGAAAAACAAAAUGCAGGUAUCUGAAACUAUGAGUUUGUGUAAAUAAAUAAGUACAAAUCCACUAAA